AGCAUGAUGCUCGUGACGCUCGACAAUACAACACGGAAGUUGGCAUUAUUGAAGAAGAGCAUAACCCUCAGACGCGGUGUUUUUAUUUGUAUAAACCCAAUUUGUCUUCCACUGUCAAUUAUCGGGGGGUACAGGGGGUACGGUCUCUGUGGACCCACCCAGCAGCCCGUGUGUCCGGACAUCUGAAGACAACAGCGUUUAGCCCACUAGGAGCUAUGAACACGGACGUUGAGUUCCACAUCAGGCAGAACGACCCGUGGAGCAAGAUACCAGCAAACGUCAAGCAGAGUUUGGGAAACUCUCAGCGGGAGUAUGAGAAACAUGUCCUGCUGUACAGUAUCCGCAACCAGCUGCGAUUCCGCAAUAACCUAGUGCGUCACGUGAGGAAGGAUGAGCGUAAAUACUAUGAGGAGCUGCUGAAGUACAGCCGGGACCACCUGAUGCUGUACCCCUACCACCUGUCUGACAUCAUGGUGAAGGGCCUGCGCGUCACCCCCUUCUCCUACUACAUAGGGAUCAUGGAGGACAUCAUGAACAGCGAGAAGAGCUACGACUCACUGCCCAACUUCACUGCUGCUGACUGUCUGAGGCUGCUGGGCAUCGGGAGAAACCAGUACAUCGACCUGAUGAACCAGUGCAGAUCUUCUAAGAAAUUCUUCCGCAGGAAAUCAGCCCGGGACCUGCUGCCCGCCAAGCCGGUGGAGAUCUCGGUGGAGCCGUGGUGGGUGGCCCAGACCGGCUUCAUCACCGAGGACGACAUCAGGAUCUGCUCCCCGGCCGAAAAGAAGGCCAUUGAUAAGAUGAUAGAUACAGGUCCCCAGCUGCUCGGAUCAAUGGAGUAUAAUGUGGUCCUUAGUCUAUACAACCGUGGCUUCAUCUAUCUAGAUGUCCCUAUAUCUGAGGACAGCUGCAUCUCAGUGCCCCCGCUCGAGGGCUUCGUGAUGAACCGAGUCCAGGGCGAUUACUUCGAAACGCUCCUUUAUAAAAUCUUUGUUUCAAUUGACGAGCAGACCAACGUGUCAGAGCUGGCCAACGUACUGGAGAUUGACCAGGGCUUGGUUAAGAAUGCGGUUUCCAUGUAUUGUCGUCUGGGUUUUGCCAUAAAGAAGGGCCAGGCAUUCAGCUCCGACCAGCUCCACCUGACCUGGAAGAGCGCCCCCUCUGUCAACAGACUGAAGAGCACAGUGGACCCCCAGAAGAUGCUCCUGUCCUGGGAGCAGGGUAGCCCCGUCAUGGAGGGUGGGUCCUCAGCCACUGACACGGACACCACCAGUCUGGAGGACCAAGCAGCUGACACAGCCAGCGUCAGCAGCCUCAGCAUCCCGGCCGGCCCCACCAAGAGGAUCGCCUUCCUGUUCGACUCCACGCUCACCGCCUUCCUCAUGAUGGGGAACCUGUCCCCGAACCUGAAGAGCCACGCCGUAACCAUGUUCGAGGUGGGCAAGCUGUCCGACGAAACUCUGGACAGCUUUCUGGCCGAGCUGGAGAAGGUGGAGAGCACGGCGGAGGGUGAGGCCCAGCGCUACUUUGACCACGCCCUUACCCUGAAGAACACCAUCCUGUUCCUGCGCUACAACAAGGAGCUCACCCAGGACCAGGGCCCCGACAUCCCCAACAUAGGCUUCCCCCUGGACAUGCUGCGCUGUGAGAGCCUGCUGGGGCUGGACCAGGCCACCUGCAGCCGCGUCCUCAACAAGAACUAUAAGCUGCUCGUCUCCAUGGCUCCCCUCAGCAACGAGAUCAGACCCAUCAGCAGCUGCACGCCCCAGCACAUCGGCCCAGCCAUCCCAGAGGUGAGCUCUAUCUGGUUCAAGCUGUACCUGUACCAUGUGACCGGCCAGGGGCCCCCCUCUCUGCUGCUCUCCAAAGGCUCCCGGCUGCGCAAACUGCCCGACAUAUUCCAGGUUUAUGACAGAUUGUUGAUCACUUCCUGGGGUCACGACCCGGGAGUUGUGCCGACAUCCAACGUGCUGGCCAUGCUCAACGACGCCCUCACACACUCUGCAGUGCUGAUCCAGGGUCACGGGAUGCACGGCCACGGAGAGACGGUUCACAUCCCAUUCCCGUUCGACGAGGAGGACCUGAAAGGAGAGUUCUCCUCGUCCAACAUGUGCGUGCACAAGGCCCUGCGCACACUGCAGGAGAGGGUGGACCUGAAGCACCAGUGCGGCUACAUCACAAUGCUGAACCCCAGCAACAGGCACCGCCACAGGGAGAGCGACGCCAACGACUGCAGGGGUGACACUCACCUGGGCGGAGGCUUUGAUACCAACGGCAGCACCGAGUCCUUUGAGCUGGUGGCCGAGGAAAGUGCGGGGGAGGCCAGGGCCAAGACGGAAGCUCUUCCCACAGAGGAUGAGUGGGUUCCCCUGGAGCUGAGCUUCGGCAUGCCUCUCUUUAGCUCGGAGCUCAACCGCAGAGUGUGUCAGAAGAUCGCCUCGCACAAACUCUGUGGCAAGGACAGUCUUCAAGAGCUGCUUCACGAGAGCCGGAAGCUCUCACUGAAAGUUCUGAGCUUUGUUCAGUCAUUCCAGGACUCGAGCCAGUCAGCGGACCCCGAGAGCGGCGUGUCGGGCCCCCUCAGCCAGCCCCCGGCCGAGUCCGGGGUCCCUCUGCCGGCCCUGAACCUCCUCUUCAAGGACGGAGCGCUCAGGGAGUGGAACGGCCGCGCCCCUCCCGCCCUCAACUUCGCCGCCCUGCAGCGGGACCAGCCCACAUAAUUCCGCCCCCCCCCCACCACCCCUCCACCCUCUAACCAGGCCUGGAGAUUCAGUUACAGGAACAGUGUUGCCAGAUUGGGUCAUAUUUCCUGCCCAAUCUUGCAACCCUGACUGGGUUCUAAACCCUAACCCCAAUCCUAACCCUUCAGUAACAGAAAAUAAUCAAAUUAACCACAUAAGCAUUUCUGGGGCUCCCCGGUCCGGGGCACUUCGCUGCCUCGCACACUCUUGAUGGCCGUUUGUUUUGAUCUGGUCACAAGGCAGUAUGGUGUCCCUCCCAGGCUUCCUCCUGCUCCUCCUCCUCCUCUCAGUGAUCUGCCGCUGGAGAACAGAAUGAACCCCAGCCCCCCCCCCUGCACCACGUGUCUCACAUCUCUGGGGCCAUUUAUCAAAAUGCUGGGGAGAUAUUAGCAGCUAACCUCCCCUUUUUGCGGCCGCACCCAUAUUGUAAAUUGAGUGUGUUUGUAAUAAAAGGCAGUUUCGUGUACGGUGGUGUGGUGCUCUUGUUGAAGUAUAGACCCCUCACCCCACCUCCACCCAAUGUGCAACCAUUGUGGUGUUCAGAUAUGACUCUGACAGUUUCAACACCCACUUGAGAUUGAAGCACUAGAGAACGCAAGGACUUUGGGUUCAGGUCUUUAUCCUAGCAUUCAAUGGAUGUUUUUAUUAUUAUUAUUAAUAUAAUCUUCAUCCUCGACAGGAGGGUGAGUGAAAUAUUAUUAGCUUAGAUGUAAUCAACCCAUUCUAUGUGUUGAGUGGAUCAGCUCAACUGGUUGUAAAAGUGUGAGAAUGGACCAAGACCUUGGCCUGGCCCGGUCACUUCUGGUUCCCCCUGCCCAUCUUGUAUUGUCUCAUCUGAUCUGAUGCAUGAUACUGUUGCACAAACCACGUCAUGAGAAGGCCCUUGUCCAGUCCCUUCUGUUUGUGGGACCCCCUUUCUUUAUGUGUCCAAACCCCUUUGGAAGAAGUAAUGGCAUAUGUUCUACUUUUGUUUUUGUUAAUGAUUGUUUUUUUUAUUGCCGUUUUUGAAGUGGGUGGGGGAUUGCUUCUGGGUUCUAUCCCUCGAAUGGGCUGUGGUUGGUUGCCAAGCCAUAGCACAGGUGGUGAAGCAUUAGCCAAUCCUCAUGGAGCUCUGAUCUCCUCUCCAUACAGGGAUUCCAGCUCCUCCCAGCGCCUCUCGUGACAACAAAGACUCUAUGUUUUAAGCACGUUUCUAUUUUUUUAUUAUUGUUUCAUGAUGGUUAUUAUUUUGUCGCCUUAACACUUAUUUUUCACAUCACCAUUCCAACGUCCAAUAACAAUUAAAAACUUAUUUUUUCUCCAUUCGGUUCAAUUAUUGGGGCAAUUCCGUUCAUUAGACAUGAAAUGAGGAACCCCUCCCACAACCACUUCAACAUAUUCUCUCCUCUAGAUUAACCAAAUUCACCCAACGUAACCAAUCAGGAGCCCAGCUGGCUUCGCCCAGGUGUGUGAAUCGGCUAGGCUCUUUCCUUGGCCUGGCUCCACAUUGUUUGUUCUGGGCGGCACACUGUCCCGUCUGGAUUGUUUACAACAUCGUGUCUUUUUUGGGGUUCUGUGUCCAUUGAUGAGUUUGGGGUAACUUUGUCCUGACCCCUAGGGAGUAGGCCAUGGAGCCUGGUACACAUACUGUCUGAGACACAUUGUUGCUCAGAAAGUGUUCUUUCUUAGCGAUGCUUUACGGACGUAAAGUUCCUUUCAAAUCGCAUUUGCAGCUGGAAGCCAUUCUUUGUUAGUUUGCCUUUGUUUUCCCUUUCAGUUUUUGUACUUUCCAUGGCAUCCGCUUCCGUAAAUAUUUUCGACCCAUUUGUUGUUAAUAAUGCUGGUGACAAUGUAGAAAAAAGGACUUCAUAGGAGGUCCAGUUCAAGCAUGAUAAUUGUUUUGAGACUUAAGUGUGUAUGUGGUGUGUGUGAGUGUGUGCGUGUGUGUAUUGUAGCUUACAUCAUUGGAGAAAUUAUUUUUUCUGUUUUUUUGUAUGUGCCUACCAUCACAAAAAUUGACCCCUGACCUUUAUCUCCCCGAUAACCCCUGCGUCACACAGUCACCCCCUAUCCCUAGCCCCCUUCUCUAUCCUAGAAUCAUCCACCAGUGUUUUAAGAAAAGAAGUACAAAAAUAUACCGUUAGUUUUAUAUAUCAAUCCACAUUUAGAAAGUCUUUGUCUUGCUCGUUUGAUGGGACUGUGAAUAUUAUUGACUGAAUAAUAAUACUAAUUCUAAUGAUAAUGCAAAUGAAAUGGGUUCCCAAAAAAAAGACAAAGGAAAUGUCACCUUUCUCGCUACAACACCCAUUAUUCCGACACUGUCUAGUUCCUCUCGAGAAAAGUGUUAUUACAAAAAACAGAAUAUGUAAAAAGUAUAUGAAAAUAUGAAUAAAUAGAGAGGAAUCUCUCCUUCAACCAAAA